CACGUAUAGUAGUAGCUCAAAUUAACAUAAAAACUCAAAUUAAACACUCAAGUCUUCAAAUCCCAAAGAUGUCUCUCUUUACGCUCUUCUUCGCUUGCUUUGUUCCGAACUCAAGUUCACGGGUUUACACAACCGACAACACUAACUUGGAAGUCUUGUCGACUUUAAAAAGACGGAAAAGCAAAUCCGAGUCCCUAAGAACUCCGUCUCCCAUAAUCAUCGUCUCUUAUUUUCCAGCAAGCUCCACCCUUUCCCGUCUUUAAGAACUAUAAAGGAUGAAAAGUUGGGUUUUGUAGUGUGAGAAGACAGUGACACGACCAAGAAAGUAUAUGUGGCUGAUACUAUUGAUCCAGACGAAUUCUAUUCGUUCAAUUUGAUUACGUAAUAUAGACCAUUCAAAGAAUCUGCUUAUAUAUAUGGUCGACACUAUUUUGCAUUGAUUUUGUUAUGUGUAGUUAUCAAAUUCCUUCAUAAAAAAAAAUAAUAAUAAUAAUAUAUGAACUUUAUAUAUUCA